AUGGUUCACAUCAAAGAGUUCGCCGUGGAACAAUGGAUGGACAAUUAUGAAACCACAGCCAAAUACAAUGUGGCAGAGACAUGCUGUGCGUCAAUCUCAUUUAAUGAUCUCCGGGAGCUGUCGGAGGACAAGUCCGACCCGUUGGACUUGAGCAUUAAGCUCACUUACGGAGCUAUUCGUGGGUCGGAACGACUCCGGGGAAACCUGGCAAGGCUGUACUCAGAUCAAACACCUUUGCCAUUGGACAAUGUCUUGAUCACUGCUGGCGCCAUUCAAGCCAAUUUUCUCCUGCUUUAUACUCUGGUUGGGCCCGGCGACCAUGUUAUCUGCCAUUACCCCACAUACCAGCAGCUCUACUCAGUCCCCGAGUCGCUCGGGGCCGAAGUGAGUCUGUGGAAGGCGAACGAGGCAGACAACUGGAGGCUGGAUCUCAAUGAAUUGAAGAGACUUAUCCGUCCAAAUACCAAACUGAUUAUCCUCAAUAACCCCCAAAAUCCGACCGGAGCGGUGAUACCCCAGGAGACAUUGAAGGAUAUUGUUGAAAUAGCUCGAAGCUCAUCCAUCAUUGUCCAUGCUGAUGAGGUUUACCGACCGCUAUACCAUUCUGUCGGGGAAGACCAAGCCCCAUCAUCGCUCCUGUCUCUAGGGUACGAGCAUACGGUAGUGACCGGCUCCAUGUCUAAGGCGUAUAGUUUGGCAGGACUCCGUGUUGGAUGGAUUGCAUCUCGCAACCGCUCAAUCAUUGAGACCUGCGCCAGCGCCAGGGACUACACAACCAUUUCCGUCGGCCAGCUGGACGAUGCUAUUGCGAGUUUCGCCUUAGCCCCGGCGUGUGAGCCUAAUCUCAUUAAGCGGAACCUUAACUUGGCCCGCCGGAACCUGGCGAUUUUGGAGAAAUUCAUCGAGUCUCAUCGGUGGGCAUGUGACUGGGUUAAGCCGCAAGCAGGUACAACGGCAUUCGUGCGUUUUAACAAUCAAGGCAUACCAGUGGACGACGUAGCCUUCUGUGAACAACUCCUUCAAAAGACCGGAGUAAUGUUUGUCCCUGGACACUUAUGUUUUGGGGAAGGAGAUGAUUAUGAGGGAUAUGUUCGGAUAGGGUAUGUGUGUGAGACGGAAGUGCUGGAACAAGCUAUGGAAGCGUUGCGAUCGUUCAUGGAAGGGGAAUAUAGGAAUGUGCCGGUGAGGAAUCGGACUUCGAGGGCUGCCAAGUAA